GUUUACGAUGGGAUCCAGUAUCUGCGAGGGGUACGAGGUCAGCCUGAGAUGGGACCAGGCCCAGGUGCUUGUGCUCGAGUGAGCUGCGAUACCGGCACCUCUAUUUGGUGGUGCAACGAUGACUCUCAGGAUAAGACUCUGGAUGGUUUUGGAAGUAUUGCCGACGGUGCAGGGCAAAUCCAGUGGAAGUGUUCGUGGGGCGCAUUCGGCCAGUGGACUAGUGGGCAGAUUUUCCACAAGACAGGCUGGAACGUUAUUGUCCGUGCGGACGAUUGUUAG